GAUGAUCGUGACCCAGUUCACCCCGCAGAACAAACCAGAGGACCGCCCGCUGCUGAUCAAAGGAUGCAAUCAGUGACAUUUUCAUAAUGAGACUACAACGGAUGUUUGCAGGUUAUUAUUUUUAAACGUACAGCUGCAUUUUCCCCUGUGGGGUUCAAACAGCUGAGUGUGUGACGGGGAGAGAGGAAGGAAGAGGGAGGGAUUGAAAGAGGAAAGUGGAGAGGAGCUGGAGUUUUAGGUUUGCUUGCAUCUGGAAAUUUGGCCGGAUUCAGAGAGAGAGAGAAGAGGAGGAGGAGGACUUGGAUGCAUGGAAAAGUAUCUGAAAGCGUUGGAAACGAUAUAAAACACGCACGCAAACGAAGGGAGGAGGAAAAGUAAGGAGAAGAAAGUUUUUUUUUUUCUUUUUCUGACGGGACAGGAGGACUAUCGGACUGACCCGCAGGAAUGUUGCCGGUGAUCCUGACAGUUUACCUCAAUGACACCCAGCAGAUGCUCACAGAGGUCCCGGUUACUCCGGCGACCAGAGUGAUUGACGUGGUUGAGUACUGCAAAGAGGCCGGAGAGGGGGAGUGUCACCUCGCUGAGAUAUGGAAUGGCCAUGAGCGAGUUCUCCCACAGGAGUUGUUAUUGUUGGAUCUCCUUCAGCAGUGGGGGGCCAGGAGGCCCGAGGUCAGCUUCUACCUCAGACACUGCCCCUCCUGGCCACAAGGAAGUCAGCAGCCUCUGGAGCAGAGCUGGACCACGGAGGCAACAGAGAGUGCUAAUGACAAGGUUCCCCGUGUGGAGCUGACCCUGUCUGAGCUCCAGGAAAUGGCCACAAGACAACAGCAACAAAUCGAGGCUCAGCAACAGAUGUUGGUCGCCAAGGAGCAGAGACUGAGGUAUCUUCAGCAAGGAGGCAGAUCUAACCAGGGACAGACACAGUCCGAAGCUGAGAAGCUGCAGCGGCUGAAGGAGCGAGUAGAAACUCAGGAAGCGAAGCUGAAGAAGAUCAGAGCCAUGAGGGGCCAAGUCGACUACAGCAAACUGAUCAACGGAAACCUCUCUGCGGAGAUCGACCAUGUGAGCAGCUUGUUUCAGGAGAAGCAGGCGGAGCUGCAGUCGGCGGUCGUCAGAGUCGACCAGUUGACUCAACAAUUGGAGGAUUUGAGGAGAGGACGCCUUCAGCUGCACCCACCAGGUCAGGGGGCACCCACCGGGUCCCAGGGUGCCACCACCGGCCAUAAAGGAUCGUCCCUGUCUGGCCCUGCAGCCCUGGAGCUGAGGAAGCUUUACCAGGAGCUUCAAGCUCGCAACCGUCACAACCUGGAGCAGAGCAGCAGGUUGGCCCAGAACAAGGAGCUGCUGAAUAAGAGGAACGCCCAGGUGACGGUGAUGGACCAACGCAUCGGUGACCUGAGAGAACGUCUGCAUAAGAAGAGAGCAGAACUGAGUCGCAUGAACGGCGGAGGCCCGCCCUCUCCUCAAACCUCCUCCCAGCCUGGAGGCGGAGUCUCGGGGCGAGUGGCGGCCGUCUGCCCCUACAUCCAGGUUCCGGCUGACGGGAGACAGGAGGCGGGGUACCCUCCCGACCCUCCGCCCAAACCCACCCCGCUCAGCCACAUCCGCUCCCUCUCAGAGGAGGACAGGAGUGGCAUCAAGAGGCCUCCCAGCCGAUGGAAGGUGUCAGAUUUAGACAUCGUCCUGUCAGAGCCCACUGAGACGUGGGAGGGACCUCGGUCCCCUCAGGGCGGGGACAGUAACAACACCAAUGAAGCGCCGUGGCCCAGCAUCAGCAAGAAUGUGCCGGACUGGAGGACCAACAGUCCAGAGCAGCUUCCCUCUGGUUAUGGUACCUACCCCAGCGCCGCCCACCAGGCAGCGGGGCAUCACUGUGCCACAAGCUCCCUGCCCCGUUCUGCCCCCGGUACUCUGGGCUGGCCUCGAUCCACCUCCACCUCCUCUACAACGUCCUCCUCUUCUCAGCAAAUACAGCAGCGUAUAUCCGUCCCUCCUAAUUCAAGCCAAGGUCCGGCCACCACCUCCCAACCCUCUCCUCUGUCCCCACAAACGGAGCGGACGGAUCCCCCUCCGGCGGUGGCCGUGCGUCCUUACGUCCCAGACCAUCCCUCCAGGCCGCAGUCCCCGAGGAAGGGCCCCGCCACCAUGAACAGCAGCUCCAUCUACAGCAUGUACCUCCAACACCCUCAAGCCAAAAACUAUGGAUCUCUCAGCAACAGGGCCACUGUCAAAGCAGUCUAUGGUAAACCCAUCCUCCCCACAUCGUCCUCUUCUCCAUCCCCCGUCCCUUUCUUCAUGGGAGGAGGCGUAAAGUCAGCAGGGGAGGAUGUCAUGGAUAAAGAUCGAGGCAGAGGAGGAGCAGGAGACACCACUGAUGGGCAGAUUGUGCCUCCGCCUAGCGUGGACAACAUCCCUCGUCCCCUUAGCCCCACUAAACUCACCCCAGUUGCUCACUCCCAGCUAAGAUACCAGAGUGACGCAGACUUGGAGGUUCUCCGUCGACGCCUCAGCAACGCGCCGAGACCUCUCAAGAAACGCAGCUCCAUCACUGAACCUGAGGGUCCCCAGGGGCCAAACAUCCAAAAGCUACUGUACCAGAGGUUUAACACGUUGGCGGGAGGCAUGGAGGGAGGCUCAGGCAACACCUUCUACCAGCCCGACUGCCUUUUGGGAGACAUGGACAACAUCCACACGGCCAAUGGGAACGUAGAACCUGGCGACAAGCAAGUUAGUCUGGCAACCGCAGGAGGUGAAGGUCAGAACCUGAACUCUGACUCCCGUCGCUUGUCUCCUCCCUCUGUUGUCAUGGAAACAUCCAAAGAGACGACAGCAAAGGCAGAGAAGAGCAAUAAUGUGUCCCCGACAAUGCAGCCCAGCACGUCCCCUGCGCCUGAUAAGUCAGAGGAUCAGAACAAUAACAACCAGAGAGGAUCUAGUCCCGCUAACAGCUCAGUAGGCCACGCCUCCCCUUCUCCAUCGCCUCCUGCUCCACCUGCACUGCCUAAGACGAAGCGAACCAACCUGAAGAAACCUUCAUCGGAGCGGACGGGCCACGGUCUGAGAGUCAAGUUCAACCCUCUAGCUCUGCUGCUGGAUGCAUCACUAGAGGGAGAGUUUGAUCUGGUACAGAGAAUCAUAUAUGAGGUGGAAAACCCCAGCAUGCCAAACGACGAGGGCAUAACGCCUCUCCACAACGCCGUGUGCGCUGGUCACCACCACAUUGUUAAGUUCCUGCUGGACUUUGGAGUGAAUGUGAACGCAGCCGACAGUGACGGAUGGACCCCUCUGCACUGUGCAGCUUCUUGUAACAGCGUCCACCUCUGUAAGAUGCUGGUGGAGUCGGGGGCGGCCAUUUUCGCCACAACCAUAAGUGACGUUGAAACUGCGGCAGACAAAUGUGAAGAGAUGGAAGAGGGCUACACCCAGUGUUCUCAGUUCCUCUAUGGUGUUCAGGAAAAGUUGGGAGUGAUGAACAAAGGCUUGGUCUACACUCUGUGGGACUACACCGCCCAGCAGGCGGAUGAGCUGUCCUUCAGCGAGGGCGACGCUGUUACUGUCCUGCGUCGCCGCGACGACACUGAGACGGAGUGGUGGUGGGCGCGGCUGAACGAUCGCGAAGGAUAUAUACCGAGAAACCUGCUGGGGCUGUAUCCAAGGAUCAAACCCAGACAACGCUCGCUGGCAUAAAGCCCAGACCAUGAAUGUGCACACACACACAGAAAAGAUGAAGAAGCAGAGGAGGAGGAGGAGGAGGAGGAGGAGGAGGCGGCGGUCGAAGAAAGAAAAGCAGAAAAAGUCGGAGGAGGUCAGGAGGCUGACAGAGCAAAGAAGAAGAGGCAAAGACGGAGACACUUUUUUUCUCGUUUGUUCGAAUGCGACGGAGCCACUUUACAGUAGAAGCAGAAUAUAUUUUCACUGAGUUGCUGCAGCAAGUUGCCUGAAUCUUCAUUUUUAGCUUGACAACUUCACGAGAGUUCAGCAGCAUGAGAGACGCUGAAUUGAAAACAAACAAACAAAACAAAGGUAUUAAAAAAUGAAACGUCAUUUGGCUGCUGCAUCGAACAUCCGCCCAGCGUAAUAUGUGGAAAAUGUCCAAACAUUUUUCAUCUUUACACGUUUUCACAGGUUGUUAAUUAAAAAAAGGAACACCUAUGUGGAUGUUUAUAACGCCAACCUCAUUAACCACACAGAAAAAGGAAGUGUUCUAACUGGAUGGCGGUGAAGGAAACACCUUCACGCUGUGAAAUUUACAGAUCUGGUGAAAGUAUGUGUGAGAUGGGACACGUGAAAGUGAAGCUGGAGAGGAAAGUGGCAAGUGUUCGAGCAAGUUUUUCUCAGUACUGUGUUAGCAAAGUCAGGACGGAGGAAGCAGGAAGUGAAACCAUGGGACCGUCCCACACGGACGCUGAGAUAGUGGUCAAAUUAAAAAAUGUUUGAGGUCAUAGAAGAAAAAUAUUUUUACUUCUAUUUUCUCAAACUGAUUUAAAAAGUAUUUAUGAAUCACUGGAUGUUUUCUGUCGUUUGUUCAAAGCAGUCGCGGGUUGGUAAAACGGGAGAGAGGAGGAUGAGAGGAAGGGAAGUAGGUGUGGGAAUAGUGUAGAAAAUGUUUUUAAAGGUGAGGGGUGGAUAAUCGGACUUCUUCUAGUCAUUUUUUCGUUUCAGAAUAAAGACACUGGUUCUCGUCUUGGCGCCACUCGUGUAUAAGGAGCCGAAACGAACAAUAAAAUAGAGCAGUGUUUCCCAUAAGAUUUAAGGAUUUAAUAUCCAUGAACUAAAUCAUAUUAACUAAAACUCCCGUGUUUAUUUUCUACAACCCAGAACAGUGACUUAAAAAGCAAAAUAUGUAAAAUAUGUCAGUAUUAAAAAGGGGCUAAUUAGCCCAGAGGUAAUGAAGAUGAAAAAAAGUUUCUUCAUCUUUUUUCACAUUUUCAUAUUUCUGUUCCUGUAUGAUAUGUAUUAUUCCCCCGAUUCUGUUGUUUUAUUUAAAAAUAUAUAUUGUUUUCUAUUAUUAUUAUUAUUGCUUCAGACUUCUCCCGUUUCAUUUCUGAUGCCACUCACUGCUGCCACCCAGUGUACAGGAAGGGUUUUGCAUCAUUUCCUUGAACACAAAACAUGAAGUGUAAAAUAUGAAGCAAUAAGUUGACUGAUGUUUAGUGUGAGAGGGGGACAUUGUUCUGAAGAGGGCAUACCAUUACUUUGUGUAAAUGCAACCUGUAACUGUACAGCUAAUGUACAAUAAUAAUAAUAAAGGAAUUAUAAUCCCUGCA